UCAUGCUUCAUCCAGAGACAUCGUCCUUCUGUUAUACGAAACCCGUGUGCUCUGCUGGUAAUCCUGCGUGCUCUGCAGCAGCCGCCGCGCUAAACCCGGCCUCCUAAAGUCAAGCCUCCGUGCGUGUAUAAGAACGACCACCUGCUGCGCUGAGGCUUAUCACUAAGCUUGUACCUGCUUCAUACUCAUCCAACUGAAAGAUUAAAGACUCUGCAGUCGUCACCACCAGAGUAAUUAACUUCUCCAACCGUGCGAAGUAGUUGUUCUCUGCUGUUGGUCACUGCUUGGACAUACAAGAGAGGCGAGGCGAGACGAUGGGCUCUCUCAUGGCUGGCUGGGACUCGCCGGUUCUUGGUGACGACAAGAAAGUUCACGCGCGGCGGAACCGGUCGCUGACCAAGGACGAGGUGGAGGCGUUCUGGAAGCAGCGCCGGAGGUCGGAGGACGGCGGCGAGCAGCUGAUCACCUCGCCCCUCGCCUCCCCCGCCACGCAUUCGAGCCCGUUCGCCGGGAGCUUGGAGAAGGCGGCGCGGUCCCCGGGCGGUGGUGGCACCAAGGCCGGCGCGUUGUCCCCGAGGGUCCGCGUGGACGGCUUCCUCCCCGCCGGCGACAACGACGGCGGCGCCGCGGACAGCCCCAGCAAGAGCCGGGACUGGUGGACGCGGAGCAGCUGGGCGUUCCUGAACGAGCCGCCGCAGGAGGAACCUUCCGGCAGGGCGCAGAGCUACACGCCGCAGUUCCACGUCGCCCGGAUCGCCACCGGCAACGCCUGAUUAAUUACCGUGACCAGCGCGCACACGCACGCACAUGCACGUACUAGCGGUUACUCCGCUUUCCGCCCACUAGUAUGUCCUCCUGACGUGUGUAUAUGUAUACGGGACAGUAUGCAUCCGUAUUAUGUAUACCAGUAUUUUUUUGGGCGUAUUAUGAUGUAUAUAGCAGUCUAGCAGAUGUGGCGAGCGAGAUCCUGGUGUUCGCUGCCUUUUGUCGUCUGUGCAUCCUUUGCUGUACGGGAGAUUUUCCAAUGGUGUGCUCAGCUCAUAAUAAUACACACCUGUAUAUUAUAAUUUUUGUCAAA